CAGGGGGGAGGCGACGGGGUGUGGUCGGCCAGGGCGCGGCCGCCGGAGCGCGGGCCACGGAGGCGCAGUCGGCGGUGGCGUAGCUCGCCGGGAGCGCGGCCGCUGGUGGGGCGGUCGCGGUCUCCGGGGCGCAGCCACACCGGGGCACGCGGCCUCCAUGGCGCGUGGGCUCGGUCUUGGCAUGCGGCCUCCAGGGCGCGGACGCCGGGGCUCGCAGUCGCAACCUCCAUGGCACGGCCGCCGGUGCUUGCAGCCUCCAUGGCGCGGCCGCCUGGCUCGCGGCCUCCAUGGCGCGAGCGCGAGAUGCAGCAGCACGGGAGCCUUCGGGAUGCACGCAUGACGAGCGGAGGAAGAGAGGAACCCGCGAACGUGCUCGCCGGUGAGGCACGCGGUCGCGGCAGUGGGGGUGCGUCGGCGCCGCCAUGGGGCACGCGGGGCAAGCCGUGCGGCCUGCAGGAUUUGCCGCAUCAGGAAGAACGCGCGAGGAGACAAGAAAAAGGAAAAGGAGAACAGGGCCUAAAGUUGUGCUUCCAGAAAACUAUAAGAGGUGCUACGUACGUCUCCAACUCUCCACAUCUCUCAUCUCUUCAGAAAAAAAAUAGGGUUUCCUACCCAGCCGUAGCGGCGGCGGCGAACUUUACCUUGCCCAGUGCUUCAUCCAAGAAGUGCGAGAGAUGGAGGAGGCGGCCGAGGUGUUGAUGAGGGAGGGUUCCAGGAAGAGAGAUUGCCCUGAUUCUGAGUUAGAAUCCCAGCAGCUCCUAGCACAUGAAGAAAAAUCCCAGCAGCUCCUAGCACAUGAAGAAAAAUCCCAACAGAUCCUACCACAGAUCCUAUCACGGGAAGAAAAAUCACGGCUGUUCCUGUCACGUCUAGCUAUCGAGGAUGCGUUUUGGGAUCAUGUGGAUGAAUGUAGUGGGCGACGUCCGGUGAGGACGGACGCGAACCAUGCGGAACAGAAACUGCUUGGGUGGAAGGUGGAUUUGCCAAGCGUAUCGGAUGAGGAGGAGGAGGAGAAGAAGAAGGCGGAUGAGGAGGAGGAGGACAAGGACGACCCGGACCUCGAGGCUCGCCGAUUUCGCAAAAGAUGGACCUCUAUGUUGUCCCACCGAUUCGGAUCCUUCGAUGACACCACUCUUAUCCCCCCUAUGCGCUAUACUGAUGAGCCUCCAAUUGACAGAAUCUAUCUUGGCGAUACUCUACAGAUCUUUUCAGCCAUGAUUGCAGGAAUAGGAGGUGGCUUCCGGUGGCCUCUCUGUGUGUUCGGUCUGGUUGCCAUACGCGACAAAGUUGAUCACAAUCGCAAUAUUAUCUUCCAGCGCUCGAGGUCUGAGUGCCAAACCCUCACUGAGGAGGAUCCAUAUUUAGUACUCACAGGUCCUGCUCGUGCUGUUGUGUUUACGGGUCCUGUAACCUUUGAGGUUUACCUGAAAGUGAAGGGCCCUACUGAACUCGAGGAUAGAACUUUAUGCUGUCUUGCUGAGGAAAUGCGAGACUCAGGAGCGCCUUAUUCAUACAUGUUCCAUCGAACUUACAGUUGCAAGUUUAGCACAGUGGAGUUUACACUUGGGCAUAUUACUUCCUCUGUCGAGGCCACAAUAUCUGUUCGAGUUAUCAGUGGUUCAUGGCCACAUGGUUUUCAGGGUGAGUUUGCUGCCUGUUUGGUUAGAACCGGUGAUAUUUUUCAUGGUUCUAAGCAUGAAGGUCCUGUUAUUGGAGGUAGGACCCGUAGUACCAGUGUUGAUCACAAGAAAAUCACCCUGCUUAGUUUUGGAGAUGAGAAAGUGCCUGUGCUUGAUGAUGGUGUGAUUGAGCUUUCUCGUAGUGUUGUUUCUGCUAAAAGUGACAGCAACCUGGAAGUUUCUGUUAGGGCAUGGCAAGAUAGUAACAAUGCUGUGCAAGCUAUGGCGGCAUUUGCGUCCAAGGAAGCAGGCAGAAGCUCUUGUACGGUUGACAUAGGAUCCUGUAAAAUGGUGGUUAUUGUGGCCUGGUCGCUCAUUUCGGAUUGGCCGGAAUCUCGUUGAGAAGUUAAGCCGGUUUUGGUUUUCUCCAUCACAUUGAAUGUUUGGACACAUGUAUGGACUAUUAAAUAUAGACUAUUUACAAAACUAAAAACAUAAGUAGAGAGUAAUU